GUUCCGCGGCCGGCGGAGGCCGGCGAGCGGCGCUGAGGGAGGGGACGGCAGGUGAAGAGGUCGCGGCGGGGCGAGGAGCGGCCUCCGAGGGUCUCCUGAAUGGUUGAGCAUGGACCCAGUUGCUACUCACAGCUGCCAUCUCCUCCAGCAACUGCACGAGCAGCGUAUUCAGGGCCUGCUUUGUGACUGUAUGUUGGUGGUGAAAGGAGUCUGCUUUAAAGCACAUAAGAAUGUUCUAGCAGCGUUCAGUCAGUAUUUUAGGAGUCUCUUUCAGAAUUCUUCAGGCCAGAAGAAUGAUGUUUUUCACUUGGAUAUUAAAAAUGUAAGCGGCAUUGGGCAGAUCCUGGACUUCAUGUACACUUCUCAUCUAGAUCUUAACCAAGACAAUAUACAAGUCAUGCUGGACAUAGCACAGUGUUUGCAAGUUCAGAACGUUCUGAAUCUGUGUCACACAUUUUUAAAAUCAACCACAGUAGACCAGCCAUCUGGCAUGCCUUGUAACAGUGCAUUCUCCCUGCAGAGCACUUUGACUCCUCACGAUAACUGUGUUAUAAGUGAAAACUACCCUCCUCCUUUGCUGCAGGAGUGUUCUGCAGACGUUCAGCAUGGUAAAGUUUUGGAUGACUCACAUUCUCAUGCUCCGCCAUCAGUUAAUCUUCAUCAUUCUACAGGUGAAGCAUCAAAACAAGCCCCUGAUACUUUAGAUGGCAGCUGCACAGAACUGCCUUUCAAACAGCCAAAUUACUACUACAAACUCAGAAACUUUUACAGUAAGCAGUACUAUAAACAAGCUACUUGUCCCAAUCACGAGAGAAUAAUUGAGCAGCCUUUCACUUUCAGCACAUCCACAGACCUCAGUGCCGUAGAAAACGAGCCGUGUGCUGUCAGUCAUUCCGAAUGUGUCCUGGAGUCUGCUGAGCACUUGCCUUCCAACUUCCUGGCCCAGGCUUUGAGUGAAUCUGCCCCGGACCCUGAGUCAGACAACGCAUGCCAACAACCUACCAAACAGAUGAGGCUCAAAAAGGCCAUUCACCUGAAGAAGCUAAACUUCCUAAAGUCACAGAAAUCUGCAGCGCAAACGUCUGACCCCAAGUCAGAUGAUGGUUUAACAAAGAGGAUUGAAUCUGCACGUGAAAAUACUGUAGAGAAAGUUAGCGGCCAAAGUCCUGAGGCAAAAGAAAGUGAAGAACACAUCAAUUCUGAGAAUUUUAAUUGCAUUAAUGAAAUGGAGAGGCCUGAAGACCCUGUGGCACUGGAAGACCAGUCCCAGACGCUUCAGUCACAGAGACAGUAUGCGUGUGAAUUGUGUGGAAAACCUUUUAAACACCCAAGCAAUUUGGAGCUUCACAAACGGUCUCAUACAGGUGAGAAACCUUUUGAAUGUAACAUUUGUGGGAAACAUUUCUCUCAGGCAGGUAACUUGCAGACUCACUUACGUCGGCAUUCUGGUGAAAAACCAUACAUCUGCGAAAUCUGUGGAAAGAGGUUUGCAGCCUCUGGUGAUGUCCAGCGUCACAUCAUCAUUCACUCGGGAGAGAAGCCACACUUGUGUGACAUCUGUGGUCGAGGGUUUAGUAACUUCAGUAACUUGAAAGAGCACAAAAAGACACACACGGCGGAUAAAGUCUUCACCUGUGAUGAAUGCGGAAAGUCUUUUAAUAUGCAAAGGAAGUUGGUAAAGCACAGAAUUCGGCACACGGGUGAGCGGCCUUACAGUUGUUCUGCCUGUGGCAAAUGUUUUGGGGGGUCCGGGGACCUCCGCAGGCAUGUCCGCACUCACACUGGGGAGAAGCCAUACACGUGUGAGAUCUGUAACAAGUGCUUCACGCGCUCUGCUGUGCUGCGGCGGCACAAGAAGAUGCACUGCAGAGCCGACGACGACGGGCAGGACGCUCUGGAAGAGUUCACUCAGGCCAUGGAGACCUCUGAUCUUGAGAAAUCUCAGAGCUCAGAUUCUUUUUCCCAAGACGUGUCAGUGACGUUGAUGCCCGUGUCUGUCAAGCUCCCCGUCCACCCAGUGGAAGAUGCAGUGACAGAAUUUGACAGCCACUCUGCCAGCUCCUACUGUAAGUUCCGGUCCAUGAUCCAGCCUCAUGGACUCAGUGACCAGGAGAAGCUCGGUUUGGAGCCUGUUAAACUUGGGAAGCCGCAGGUGCAGCAAGCGCAGCAUCAGGCAUAUGCUUACUCGGACGUGGACGCCUCAGCCAGCGAUGAGCCACUGCAGGCCGACAGCAUGUCCAUGAUCCGCUCGUCUCUGGCCGCUUUGGACAAUCACUGCAGCGACCCCCUGGGCAGCCGAGCGUCUGCCACGGCUUACAGGAACUCCGAAGGACAGUUUUUCUCCAGCAUGACUCUGUGGGGGCUGGCGAUGAAGACGUUGCAGAAUGAAAAUGAGCUAGAGCAGUAAUGCCCUCCAUCCGCAGUUCUCAACUUGAGAGGCGUUUUCUGAGUUCAGCAGACUGGUCUCAACGCUUCAGGAGGGAGCCAUUUCUCCCUGACAGCCCUUUCUAGGCAGCUCAAGCAUGGUUGGACCAUUUCCCUCCUGACUGUGGCUGAUAAUUGGAAGCAUCUUGAGCUCAGGGUUUGGGAAGAACGGCCUACUGGUUCCCCGUGGAAGCAGACGCAGGGGUGGAAGGCUUGCGUCACAGAGGCCAAAGGCUUGAGAGACCAUUUCGCUGACUUCAGCAUGAAAGAGUACAGACUUUGGGUCAGCUGCUGUACAUUUUGGUCAUGUUAAAGGGAAAAAAAUAUAUGUAUUUGUAAAAUACAGAUGUUAUUUUUGCAUUUUUACGUGAUUGAAAUUUGUAGCAUUUUGUAUUUUUAUUUACACAAAGAUUUUAUUUGUAUAUGAAACUCAUACUAUAAUUUAAUUUGAAUAAAUGAAACUUGUCUUUCU